AUGGCUAAUAACCUAUAUAAAAAAUCCGAUUCACCAUUAAUUAUUUAUGAUGUCAAUAAAACAGCGUUGGAAAAGUUUACAUUCCUUCAUGAAUCAACUCUAUCAAAGAAACCAAUUUUACAUGCUCAAACACCAAUCGAAGUAGCGCGAAAAGCCUCAACAAUAAUUACAAUGUUACCAGCUUCUCCUCAUGUAAAAAGAGUUUAUUUAGAAGCACAAGAUAGUUUAAUACAUGGUAUUGAUGAAAAUAGUCUCCUAAUUGACUCUAGUACAAUUGAUCAAAAUGUUACCAAAGAAGUAUCAAAAAAAAUUAUUGAAAAAGGUGCUAGAGCUAUUGACGCCCCCGUUUCUGGAGCCGCCAAUUUAACAUUUAUGGUUGGAGCAUCCACACUAGAAGAUUUCAACAGGGCAAAACCAUAUUUAAGUCAUAUGGGUAAAAAUAUAAUUCAUUGUGGGGGAUUAGGUGCGGGACAAAUAACAAAAAUAUGUAAUAAUAUGUUAUUAGCGAUAACAAUGAUCGGUGUAGCGGAAACAAUGAAUCUUGGAGUGAAACUUGGUAUGGAUCCAAAAUUGUUGGCAAAUAUUUUAAAUACUUCUUCUGGUAGAUGUUGGUCAAGCGAUAGUUAUAAUCCUUGUCCCGGUGUUUUAUCAAACGUACCUUCAAGUAAAAAUUAUGAAGGUGGUUUUAAUAAUAAGUUAAUGGCAAAAGAUACAAAGUUAGCGGUUAAUGCUGCUAACGACGCCAAUGCUACCGUCAUUUUAGGAGCAAUUGCUCAACAAUUGUAUAGUUUACUUUCGAAUACUGUUGGUUAUGAAAAGAAAGAUUUUAGUUCUAUUUAUAGAUGGUUAAACGAAUCUAAUAAUUGA